AUGAGUACAAAAGCAAGAAUCGGCACAAUUAUAGGCAUAAACGAGUUAAAAAACUAUCAUGUGCUGGCGCGACAAAUGCUCUCAGAAUUUCUGGGAACUUUUUUGUAUUUAUCCUUAAUUUUGCUCACGGGUACUAGUUUGAAUCAAGGCCCGACUGGCAGUGCCUUGGCAAACGGCCUUCUCAUUUCCAGCAUUAUCCAGUUCACUGGCCAUAUCUCUGGUGGGCAUUUGAACCCGGCUAUCACCUUUGGGGUGAUGGCCAACGGUCAAAUUACGAUGGUCAGAGGUGCUUGUUAUAUCGCAGCGCAGAUACUUGGCUCCAUAGUAGGUUCAUCAGUGGCUUAUGCCGUCACAGUAUCUUCAUUAAGGAGUACGCUGGGUACGACUGUUCCGAAUCCAAAUUUAAGAGCAGAACAAAUCUUCGCUAUAGAAUUUUUGAUCACAUUCAUUUUAGUGGCGGUCGUGUUAAGCGUUAUCGACCCAAACCGAGGAUUUGCUGGCAUCGGCUCUGGUGCUUUCGCUAUUGGCCUCAGUAUUACCGGCUGCCAAUGUUCUUGUCUACCUUACACUGGAAUUCUGAAUCCCAUCAGGUCUUUAGGACCCGCUGUAUUAAUGAAUUCGUGGGAUUCCCAUUGGGUGUACUGGGUUGGGCCAAUUUCGGGUGGCGUAGCCGCUGGUUUGGUCUACAGGUUUUUGUUAAGACCCAAUUGGAAGAACGUUGGCAAUUAUGAAGAAUGA